AUGCCAUCCGUAGUCAUUGAAGUCUGGCUGAGGCCAUCCGUCACGGUAGUCAUCGAAGUCUGGCUGAGGUGGGCUAUCUCCGGAAUUAACCCGGCUCCACUGGCAGGUAGGCAAUCAACUUCCAGGAGGGUGGGGCGAGUGGCACCUCAACAAAUACACGGAGUUUCUGACGACGGUGAGAAGGGCCAGGAGAUGGAUCAGGGGAUGACGAUUGGAAUCGCCGAGAACAAGGACGGGGAGGGCCAGGAGAUGGCUCAGGGGACGACGAUUGGAAUCGCCGAGGACGAGGAGGCGCUGGAGAAGGCACUGGAGAAGUCUCGUCCAGGCCAGGAGAUGGCUCAGGGGAUGACGAUUGGAAUCGCCGAGGACGAGGACGGGGACGGGGACGGGGACGGGGACGGGGACGGGGACGGGGACGGGGACGGGGACGGGGACGGGGACGGGGACGGGGACGGGGACGAGAAGGUGCUGGAGAAGGUGCUGGAGAAGGUGCUGGAGAAGGUGCUGGAGAAGGUGCUGGAGAAGGUGCUGGAGAAGUGGAGGGUGGAGUCAAUAGAUAUGAAGAAGCGCACCUUUGUAAUUGAUGGAAGCGCCCGCUCAAAGUCGCCAGAAGGCGCGUUAUACCUCGCUGAUGAUGGCAUCAAGGAAUCAUGUGUUAGCGCCGAGAAGCCUCAUGGACAGAAGGUUCUGGAAGCUUCCGAUGUUUCGCCCGCUCAAAGUAGCCAGAAGGCGCCUUAUACCUCGCUGAUGAUCCAUCAAGGAAGGUGUGUUAGCGCCGAGAAGCCUCAUGGACAGAAGGUUCUGAAAGCUUCCGAGUUUGUCACAAAGUUCAAAUUCUCACACGUCAAAAUGACUCGUUGGCACGGUGCCGGGAUAUGCAGCCUACCCAACCGUAUCUUCACGCGGGUCCUUCAUACUCCUGCUUACCCACAACCAAAGAGGCACUGGGCCCAGACACGUAGUAAUGGAUCUUCGAAUUCCAGGCGUGUGGAUCCUCGGGAUAUGCAGCCUAGGCACAUUUGCUAUGGGCCCAGACACGUAGUAACGGAUCUUCAAAUUCCAGGCGUGUGGAUCCUCCUAGGUCUCAACAGAACUUCAACCCAUGCGGAUCUUACAUUGGACGCCAGGACACUCGACUGUACUUUCAAUUACACUAUGGACCCUCCGACCGAAUACCAAAGUGCGGCCGCCAAGCUCGAAGCUAUGAGGGCCAAGCGUUGCCAGUACUAUGCCAUGUGCCGUGAUAUGAUACUCGCGAAAUGGAGGGAGAGAUGCUACACCAACAAAGAUGAUCCCCCAGAAUCAUUAGAGACAUUGGCUGAUUGCAUUGCCAUGGUCAAAUACGCCAAGGACGACUUCAUGCAAUAUGUUCGAUCUCCACGAACAUUCACCUUGGGCGUCUUCGCCGAAUACACAAAAUCUAUCCCCGACACUCCUGGAGGACACGGAGAUCGAGAAAUUUUCAAACGUGCGAUGUCGAGCAUCGAGGACUUCCUCGAGAGGGCUACUCGAGGGCAAGGUGGUAUACUUCAAUUGUGCGGGGUCUGUGACGAGUGGCGCGCUGCAGACCAAGUUUGCCGGGGCAUGAGCGACACGAUUGCCAUGGUAGAUGACAUCUACUGUCACGCACUCACCGAUGGAGAUGCCGAGUUAGCGGUAGUUCAUUUUCUCAAAGGGUUCUUGUACCAGAACUACAACGACUACUGA